AAAUUACAUAAAUGGGUUUCUAGCUUUCUUGAUGAUGCUUAAGAUGUGUUUAUCGUGCCAUGGAUCAUUGUUCCACGCCUUGGACUGAUUUUCUCGGGGAAAUCACGUGGGUAGAUAAGAGAGAUGGAGGUAACCAAUGUCAGCGAGUACCAGGCUAUUGCCAAGGAGAAGUUGCCGAAGAUGGCCUACGACUACUAUGCUUCUGGUGCUGAGGAUGAGUGGACUCUGGAAGAGAACAGAAAUGCUUUCGCAAGAAUCCUGUUUAGGCCACGCAUUCUUAUUGAUGUGAGCAAGAUAGACUUGACCACCACAAUUUUGGGAUUCAAGCUAUCAAUGCCAAUAAUGAUCGCCCCAACUGCUUUUCAGAAAAUGGCUCACCCUGAAGGCGAGUAUGCAACGGCAAGAGCUGCAUCUUCAGCUGGAACUAUUAUGACUUUGUCAUCAUGGGCAACAUCUAGUGUUGAGGAGGUUGCUUCAACGGGACCUGGAAUCCGUUUCUUCCAGCUUUAUGUGUACAAGGACAGGAAUGUUGUGGCUCAGCUUGUGAGAAGAGCUGAAAAAGCUGGCUUUAAGGCUAUAGCUCUUACGGUUGAUACACCAAGGCUUGGACGUAGAGAAGCUGAUAUCAAAAACAGAUUUACGUUACCCCCAUUUUUGACAUUGAAGAACUUUGAGGGUUUGAACCUUGGCAAGAUGGAUGAAGCUAAUGACUCUGGGUUGGCUUCUUAUGUUGCUGGUCAGAUCGACCGUACUCUGAGCUGGAAGGAUGUGAAGUGGCUCCAAACAAUAACCACGAUGCCGAUCCUAGUGAAGGGCGUGAUCACUGCUGAGGACACAAGGCUGGCUAUUCAAGCCGGAGCCGCUGGUAUUAUCGUUUCCAACCACGGAGCCCGUCAACUGGAUUACGUCCCUGCCACAAUCAUGGCUUUGGAAGAGGUCGUGAAAGCUGCACAAGGCCGUGUGCCCGUAUUCCUGGACGGUGGUGUCCGUCGUGGAACCGAUGUUUUCAAGGCACUGGCUCUUGGAGCUUCUGGCAUAUUUAUUGGGCGGCCCGUGGUGUUCUCAUUGGCGGCAGAAGGAGAAGCCGGAGUGAGAAAAGUACUUCAGAUGUUACGUGAGGAAUUCGAGCUAACGAUGGCACUAAGCGGUUGUACCUCGCUGAGAGAGAUCACUCGUGACCACAUUGUGACGGAGUGGGAUGCACCCCGUGCUCGUCCUGCACCACGGUUAUAAACGGAAAAAAAAAACACGAUACGGAUGGGACCCACUCGGACUUGUAGUGGCAACGUAUAAGGUAUAGCUCGUGUUGUUAUAUACGGUUGCAAAUUAAACUCGUAUUGUUUCGUUGUAUAAUGUUCGCUUCUGAAUGAUAUACGGUGUAUGGAUGUAUAAUUCAUAAAUGUCCAUUGCUUUACUUCAAUGCUUAAA